AUGCCGGAGAAAAACUGCCCAAAGCUGAUCGAAGAUCCGUGUGGUAUCCCGGAAUGGAUCAACGCAAAAUAUUUUGAAACUAUGUUAAGAAAAUGCAAGUAUGACCCGUCAAUCAAGGUGCCAUCGAUAGAUGUGAAAUACGCAUUAGCAAAAGGUGAAAACUUCGCCAGUGUUAUCUAUAGGGUGCACGUGGUGAUUCACAGCAAGGAUCAUUCUGAAAGAAUCCACAGCUAUAUAAUUAAAGGAAUGUCGGAAACGCCAUUGAUUAGACAGAUGUUGGGAGAAUACAAUGUUCACGGAAAAGAAAUGGACGUUUAUCAGCUGGUGAUACCGGAAUUACAGCACCUGAUGAGAUCUAUCGAAGACCAUUCGGACCUGUAUUUAAAUGCAUUGUGUGUCGAUCGAAACAAUGAUGUUAUGUUAUUCGACGACAUUUUAGAGCUAGGAUACGUUAUGAUUGAUAGGAUCACGGGGUUGGAUGCAAUUCACACUAAAAUGUCCCUCAAUGCAAUGGCCAAGCUGCAUGCCACUUCCAUGAAACUUGCUGAGAUUUAUCCAACCAUGUUUGAUCGUUACAAAACUGGAAUGAUGACUAGAGAGACAGAUGCUUUUCAUGAUUUUUUCCGUUCCACUUACGAUGCUCUAACGGAUGAAAUCUACACGUGGGAUUUGAAAUGGCAUUACUACGCAAACAAACUACGAAAACUGCGGCCAUAUUACCUCGAACAAGGCAUGACCGUGUUUGAUAACGACAGCGAGCAUGAUCUACGAGUUUUUGUUCAUGGUGAUUUGUGGGUCAACAAUCUCAUGUUCAAAUAUGACAUCAAUAAUGGGCAGCCUAUCGAUGUGAUACUGUUUGAUUUUCAGUACUGUUGCUACGGAACACCCGCUAUUGACUUGUGCUAUUUCUUUUUCACAUCGACCAGAGACGAUAUUCGUCAAAAUGGCUUUGAAGAAUACAUGCAAUACUAUUACAAUGGUUUAGCUGCGUACACGCAGCGAUUACACUGCACACUGAAAUUUCCAACGUUACAUCAAUUUCAACGGCAGCUUUUGAAAAAGAUGUUUUACGCUAUCCAUUCCUGCGUCGUGGCCCUUCCUAUUCACAUAAAUGAUGGUACAGUAAUUGCCGAUUCCGAUGCACUGUUUGCAGGAGAUGAGCACUCGAGGCUAUUCAAGAAGGCAAUAAUGACAAAUGAAAAAUAUCACAAGAUAAUGAAAGGUCUCUUGCCGACAUUUGACCGGAAAGGCUUGCUGGACAAGCUCGAUUAA